CGAGAUCCUUCAACAUCAAGGACAGGUACUCAUGCACGGUACGCUCGGAUCAUUUGACCUUCGGUGAAUAUGUGUUGGCUAUUGCGGUCAAAGACUCUCGACCCAGCCGUAGCGCUUUUCUCGACUGGGGAUGUUCGAUCCUUUACAUGCAAGUCAAAGUAGGGCCAAAAUGUCCAUCAGCGGCUCUGAUCGACGGGCCAGAUGCGAGACGUUCUGCAUAUAUAAUAAGUUAGCUACCUACGAAGCCUUCAAGUACAUUACUAUCGAACAGAGAGUGUCGAUAUUGUGUUCUUUUCUUGCUCAGAUUCUCUGUCAUGCCCAGCAUGGAUGAUGUACUCCCUGGAGGCAAGAUCGAGAACGAAGACUUCGUGCUCGAUGACCAAUUGUUUGCCAACUUGCAGCUUUAUCUCAACGGUGCCUUGCAUUUGCCCAGUUCCCACGACGAUUUCGAGACCAAAUACCCAAAAUGGAUAUUUGAGCGGUACGGUAGCAAAGAUGACGGACUGUAUUAUGCCUUUCGAUACGACCUGGUGGAAUUCAACAAGCACUGCUCUGACUUUGCGCUAAAUACACUCCAUCCUAUGGUUGAUAUUGCGAGUGAUAUUCAUAAUCUUGCCGAGUCUGCGGGUGAGCGAUCACAGAAACUGAACGAACAGCUGCAAAUAUGUUUUGCCGAAGACGCCCAAUUCGAGAACCCAGCUAUCUUGGCGGCUGCUGAAGAGGCUCAAUCGAUUGCUGGAAAGCUUUGCGAAGAAGCUAGGGCUCAUCAAAAGACAUGCGAGUUGGUCACCGCGAAGCUCACGACUUUGAAAGCCCAGACUGUAGACACUGACCAGGGCAAGCUCUCCGAGAUCAACAGGCGUGCGAAUGCUGCCCUUCCCCAAACCGACACUCUGAACCAGGAGCUCCGUGAGGCAAUGAGCAACGCCAGGGCUUCUCUGAACGAUCUGGCCGGUAAGCAGAACCACGCAAGAGAUAGAGUGAGAGAGCUCGAGGCAGAUGAGAAAUCUGGAGCUAACUGGGUCAACUAUCUCCCCUGGGUCGCUAUGGGACUGGCCGUCUGUCCUCCUCUCACGGCAGAUGACUUCCGCCAGGCUCUCAACGAAGCCACGAAGCAGUAUGAUGCUAUUGCGCAAGAGGCAAGUGAUAAGAGGACUCGAAUCGUGCGCUUUCGCGAUGAAUUCGGUGGUUUGCAAAGAGCCUGCACUGAACUAGGCGCUGUUAUCAAGCCAGCAGUCGACGCUCUAACGCAUCUGAUAGAAGCCUUCGAAUUCCUCAAAACAAAUCUAGAAGACAUCGCCACCAAGCUCGAACAACUAAAAGGCUACAUCGCCAAAUCAGACACCACCCGACGCAAAACAGCAUUCGCCAGACUCGACAGCGCACUCCACACAUGCACCCAAAUCAACCACCUAGCAACCCAUCUCCAACCCCAAACUCUCCUCCUGCAAAACACCACAACCAAACCCCCCUCCCCGGAACCCACCCCAACAACCCUCACCAUCCUCAGCGCCACCUACGGCGGCGCCGAAACCACCUCCCUCGCCCAAACCCUCUUCAACAACGGCGCACACCUCUCCAUCCCCAGCGUCGACCCCGGCUUCCCCGAGCCCUGGCACGGCGUCAUGAAGUCCAUCUCCGUGCUCCACGCCUUCGGCUCCGAACGUCGCAUCUUCGCCUGCGGCGACAAAUCCGGCACGCACCACCUCCAAGCCGGGCCCAUCAGUCUCUCACAGAACAACAGCAGCAAGAGCGUCUGUGAGGUCGUCCGACCGCUGCCCCGGCCUGACUGGGCCGCGGAUGCGAAAGUGCGGGUUUUGGCGAUUGUUUGGGGCACGGGGGAGUGUCGGAGCCAGAGCGCGUAUGAUUAUGUGUAUGGGCGGUUGGUGUCGCGGGCGGGUCCGAUAGAGUGGUGUAAUGAGUUGUUUGGUCCGGAUACUUGGCCUGGGAAUCUCAAGUCUGGAGCGAUUUAUUAUACCUCUGAUGAUGAGUGUGGUGCCGUAGUGAAGCAGAUAUGUGGGCGAGAAGGAGAAUCUUCGUACUGGAACUGAGCGUCAUGUUUUUGAGAGCAGCAGUCUCUAAUGGCGGAUCGAGGUACGUGGCGUCCGGAGGAGUCAGGGGCGUUUCGGCGGGUUGAGUAUGGCUAUGACAGGCAUAAUCAGCGCUCACGAAUAGACAGAGCUGCU